CAUCCUCGAAGGGUCCUUUCUAGAAUAAAUCAAGCGCUGUUUCCUCUAAGCCGUUGAGCAGUGCAACCAGAGAGCAGUCGGACAGAUGCGGAUAAGAUAAGAUUCAAAAUCCCUCAACGAACCGAUAAGAAAAAACCACCCGCUGUGGGGCAAGUUUCUAAACCAAACACCCGCAAACACAAACCCCCAACGCCAGCAACUAAAGCCAUGAAGAUUCUUGUCGUCGGUUCUGGUGGCAGGGAGCACGCUUUGGCAUGGAAACUCUCUCAGUCUCCCAAGGCAGAGGCAAUCUACGUUGCUCCUGGAAAUGGAGGGACUGCUCGUGGAAUAAAAAACGUUUCCAAUAUCGACAUUGAUGUAGGAAAUUUUCCUGCAUUGGUCGGGUUUGCUACGAAAAACGGUAUAGACCUGGUCGUACCCGGGCCAGAGGCACCUCUAGUUGACGGAAUUGAGGGCUAUUUCCGUAAAGUUGGUAUCCCAUGUUUUGGACCUUCAAAAGAAGCUGCCCGUAUGGAGGGUUCGAAAGCCUUUUCCAAGGACUUUAUGCGAAGACACAAUAUUCCCACUGCUGAAUAUCGUAACUUCGCUGUUUAUGAGGAAGCCAAGGCAUACCUCGAGAAAGUGGGCCAUAGUGUUGUGAUCAAAGCUUCCGGUCUGGCCGCAGGGAAGGGUGUUGUCAUCCCAGCAUCGAAAAGGGAAGCUUUGGCUGCGCUAAAGGAAAUAAUCGUAGACAAGGAGUUUGGAGCUGCAGGAGACGAGGUAGUCAUUGAGGAAUUUUUAGAGGGAGAUGAGUUGAGUGUCUUGACAUUUAGCGAUGGUUACACUUUGGUAUCGCUUCCGCCAGCCCAAGAUCACAAGAGAAUAUUUGAUGGUGACCAAGGUCCUAAUACCGGUGGUAUGGGAUGCUAUGCUCCAACCCGCAUUGCCCCGCAAUCUGUUAUCGAUCAGAUCCACAAAACGAUUUUACAGCCAACAAUUGAUGGAAUGAGGCGUGAAGGAUAUCCUUUCAGGGGGGUGCUGUUUACCGGUCUGAUGAUGACCAAGAGUGGACCUAAAGUAUUAGAGUAUAAUGUCAGAUUCGGUGACCCAGAGACACAAACCCUUUUGCCCUUGAUUAGUGAAGACACCGAUUUUGCCGAAGUGCUGCUAGCUGCUGCGAACGGAUAUCUUGACGGGAUAAAAAUCAAGAUCAACCCUGGCUUCGGAGCGACUGUUGUUGCUUCUGCGGGUGGAUAUCCUGGGCCUUACGCCAAAGGAAAGGAAAUUAGACUGGAUCCUGUUAAGAAAGAUACAAACGUAUUCCAUGCGGGAACUUUAUUAAAGGAUGGGAAAAUUUACUCUAGUGGAGGGCGAGUGAUAGCAGCUUCAGCAACCGCUGAUACCCUGGAGGGUGCGAUAUGUUUUACCGAAAUGAUAUUGCUCAUAGAGCCUUUAAGCAGGUAG